GAGGGAGAGAGAGAAGAAAACGGGAGUCUGAGAAAGGCGCUGAGAGAGAAGAAAAAGACAGCGGAGCCGAGGGAGAAACACGCCGAUGCAGGAGGCGGUGGGAACCAGGUGAGACCGAAGCUGAGACAGCCAGGCGGCCGCAGGACGUGAGACAGAACCAUAAAGAUGGAGCUGCAGCUGGGGCAGUGAGCGAGACAGAGAACUGGCCAGAGGGAGAGACCCCCCAGGUGCACAGACUCUUAGCCCAGGGGUGGGAGGGUGGGUGCUGGGUGCCGCCCACCUGGGAAGCCUCCCCUCUCCCCCGCCAACACUGGCUGGCAUUGACCAAGUCCCUGCACCUCUCUCGGGCUCAGCCUGCCCACCUGCAAAACGGGGGGGAGGGGCUGCUGAUAGCGCCCGGAUCUCUGGGCUGAAAUGGCAGGGGCCCAGGGCAGUGUUGGAGCUCAGGGAUCGUAGCUGUCGUCAUUAUAAAUGAUGAGAGGCCAGAACAAGGAAUAAGAGAAGGGGGAAAGACCCAGAGAGGCUUUGAAGCUUUCUUAUGCCCUGGCCUGCCUCAGCCUGAUCCUGGAUUCCCGAAUCUGACAGGUGGGUAGGGAGCCUUCUUGCCCAAGGGGCCAAACUGCAAAGCAGGUGAGAUUCCCUCUGACCCUGCAUCCAGGAAGCCAGGCUGCUGUGCCUUCCCCAGGGAGACAGGCCUGGCUGGACUCACCGGGCUGAGGGAGGAGGGGCUGGGGCCUGGACUCCAGGGACCUUGGGGAGGAUGGGGCUGGGGGCCUGAACUCUUGGAUCCCCCUUGAGGAUGGGCCAGGGGACUGAUUCCUGGGUUCCUUGGGGAGGAGGGGGCCGGGGGCCCGGAUUCCUGGGUCCUGGCACCCACCCGUAGAACCGACCUUGCGGGGCCUUCGCCGCACACAAGCUCGUGUCUGUGGGUCCGUGUCGGGGGCUCACCAUCGCAGCUGGGGCCUCCCCGGCCCUCCCCACCCUCCCUGGCCCUCCUGGCCCCUGUCUGUCUGCCCAUCCAUCUGUCUGUCCACCUGCCGCGCCCCCCGGGCUGAGGUAGGAGGUUGUAUAGUUGAGGAGGACACCCACGGAGAUCACUAUACGGCCUCCUAGCUUUCCCCAGGCUGCGCCCUGCACGGGACGCCCACCCGGCGGGGACCCCCAGCCCCUGCCCCACCCCGCUGGGCUCAGGGGGCUGCUGCAGGGACCCUGGGAGGAGGAGCAGGGCUGUCUCUCCUGUCCUUGUUCCUUCAUUGUCUCUCCCCUUCAGCCUCAAAGACUUCCUCUCCCAUGAAGAAAUCUCUUCUGCUUUCUCUGUCUCUCCAUCUCUCUCUUAUUGUGCUUUCUGAUGUCUCUCCAAGUCUGUUUCUGCCUCUGAGGCACUCACAGUGUCUCUGCGGCAUCUCUAUCUCUGACCCAGCCCACACCCCAUCCCAGGGCCUGUCCAGCCACCAUACACCGUAUUGCCGGCCUCUGGGUCCCUGAGACCCUUUAACCUGUGAGGAUGUCCAGGAUCACAGGUGAGGUUCUUGGGAGCCUGGCAUCCGGCCCAACCACAGCUUGAAGAUUGCGGGCGUGACCCCUGACCCCUGACUCUCUGACAUCCUUCCCUCCCUAAAAACCCCAAGCCUGACAUUUGACCUGCAAAUGAAAUCUGACCUCUGACCUCAUACCAUAAGCCCCUCCCCAUCCCACAAUGACCUCACAAAGGUCACCAGCUUCUUGCCUACCCAAGACCCUUUGCAAUGGUUCAGUUGGCUCCAGCAAGUGCUGUCCCAUGCGCCAUGGUGGCCCUCACAGUCUUUGGGGCACCCACUUGGGCCUGCCUCUUCUGCUUCACAUCCUACAGUGAGCGCCUCCUUGUCUGCCAGACCUUCGUGGGCAUGGAGGGUCCCAAGCUCAAGAAGUGUGAGGAGGCGUUCACAGCUGCCUUUCAGCGCCUCCAGGACACCGAAAUCAACUAUGACGAGAGAAGCCACCUACACGACUCCUUCACCCAGAUGACCCACUCCCUCCAAGAGGUGGCCACCGCCCAGGGGUCCUUUGAGGUGGCCUUCCUUGAUGCCGCGGACCAAAUGCGGAAGGUCAUUACACAGCUUAAAGAAGUCCCGGCCUGCAUCCCUCCCUGCGGACUCCAGGAGCUCUCCCGGCGUUUCCGCUGCCACGGGUGCUACUCCACGGUUUGCGACCUCCCGCUGGACUGCCCAGUUCAGGACGUGACAGUGAAUCGGGGAGAUCAGGCUAUGUUCUCUUGCACGGUGAACUUCCAGUUGCCAAAGGAGGAGAUCACCUAUUCCUGGAAGUUCGCAGGAGGAGGUGUCCGGACCCAAGACCUGUCCUUCUUCCGAGAGAUGCGGCGGGCCCAUGGAUACCUGGCCCGGAUACGGCCCGUGCAGCCAACGCACCACGGGACCUUCUCGUGCGUGAUCUCGCACGAUCAGCGCCCCCUGGCGCGACUCUACUUCUUUCUUAACGUGACUGGUCCGCCUCCGCGUGGGGAAACUGAGCUCCAGGUUUUAUUUCGGGAAGUGCUUCGUUGGGCGCCGCGGGAGACGAUCGAACACUGGAGGCCUAACCUGGGCGAGCUGCUGGCCAAGCCUGGGGCUCUGACGCUGAGCAACCAGUGCCUGCUCGCAGCCGCCGCCGCCUUUGCUUCAGCCGGUGUGACCCUGCUGGCGUGGAUGUUCUUUCGAUGGUACUUCAGUGGCAACUAAUAAAGGUAUCUUUCUCUUCCUUAUCCUAUUUCCAUUCCUAAAAUAAAGAAUAUAUUUCAGCUGUA